AAGCGCUCGGUUCGUGAUUUUUUCGUCGCUCGUUAUUCGUUUAUUUCAGAAAAAAAUUGUUAGUAAAAAUAAAGAAUAAAAAAUAAUAGGAAAAAUUGUAAAAUUAGAGGAAAAUGCAAAAUGAAAACAAAUAAAAAUUUUUUUAAUGAAAUUUUCAAAUAAAUAAAGAAGUGAAAAAAAUAUUUUUAAUUUUUUAUAAGACAAAAAAACUCAAAAGUAAUUAUUUUUCAUUUACCACACUUCAUUUAUAAAUGGGUGCCAACAAAUGGGAAAAAAUUUAAAUUAAUUAUUAAAAUUUUUAGAAAAAUAAUUAAGUUUUGUGUAUAUAACAGAAAUAAUGUAAAAACGAAAACAAUUUCAGUUCUUAGUUAUUAAAAAAUUUUUCAUUUUUAAAAAUAAAUUCUUUUCCUAUUAAAUUAGUUUCUAAAAAUUUAUAAUAUUUAUUUUUAACUUAAAAAAGUGCUUAUUAUUUUAAAUUCCUCUUAAAUUUUUAAACUCUGCUACAGAAUUAAUAAUGUUAUAAACAUGAAAUUUUUAAAAAUUUCUCUAUGAAAAUAAAAGGUAAAUAAUGUAUGUACAUACUUUUAUAUUAUAUAAAUAAAAUUCUGUUUAAUAUGAAAUUUUAAAAAUACCCAAUUCUAAUAGAAAAAUAAAAUUAAAAAUUUCUUUAAAAUUAAUGAAAAGAUUUAGACACACAACAUUUAUUUAUGUACCCAGCUAUUUAAUUUAAUGGUUUAGCAAAAAAAUAAGGUAAUGAGGAGCGCAAGUAAAUAGGACAAUUAUACCAAAGAAAUAAGAGCAUUUCCUCAAACAUUCUUUAAAAAACACACACACAAACUAUGUACAUACAAAAUACAUAUAUAUACAAGUAAUAAAAUAGCAUGCAUGUGUAUAAUAUACAGAAAUAAAAAAAUUAUAAUUAAAAGGUGUAAAACUGGAAAAAAAAGAGUUAAAUUAGCAAAAAAUAAAAUCAGCAAAGAUAAUUAAUAAAGAUAAAGUAAAAAUAAUACGCGAAUAAUAAAAAAUUACUUUUUAAGGUGACAGUGUUAAAUUUUCAUUAAAAAAGAAUGAAAAUUAAAUAAUGAAAAAAAAAUAUAAAAAUUUUCCAGAGGAAGAAAAAAAACCAGUUGUAAUUCAAAAACAAAAAAAAAAAUCUGAAAGUUAAGGCGAAUAAAUGGAAAGAAGUGGACAAAAUAAAGUAUAAUUUAAGGAUUAAGGCAAUACAAAAAAAUUGUUAAUAAAUAACAUAAGAGAAGAAGAAAAUUUUAAAAAUAAGGAUUGUAGAAAUUUAGUUAAUUUAUGGUAUGAUACGAAUUUUCUUUCCCCAACAACAACUACUAAAAUAAAAAUGAAAAUUUUUAAUCAAGAUUUAAGUGUACUAAAAAAAUAUAACAAUUAUAACAACAUUGUAUAACCAAAAAAACAAAAAAAAAAAAGAGAAAUAAAACCAUUUAGUAGCAACAAUUUUUUUGUUAACGGGUUAAAAAUAACGAGUAACAAAAAUGUAGUAACCUCAAAACCGCUCCGUUCCACACAAUACCAACGAAAAAAAAAAGUGACACGUUUUUAUUGAAUAGAAAACAGAAAAACAAGAAAAACAAAGAAAAAAUGUAUAGAUAAAUAAAAAGAGAAGAUAUAAAAUAAAGAAUAUAAUAAUAGUUAUAAUAAUAAUAGUAGUAAGAAAAAAAAAUGAAAAGGGAACAAUGAUUAUAAUAUGAUGACAAGAAGCAAAUCGCUGGUUAAAAAAGAAAAAACAAGAACAAAACAAAAAAUAAUUUUUUUAAACGAUGAUAAAAAAAAAUGUAAAAAAUAAUAUAAUAAGAAAAACUAACAACACAUAACUAGUAAAUUGACAAAACAUAAGAAAAACAAAAUAUAAACAAAAAUAUUAUAAUACAAAACGGUUACCAAAUACUCUUAAGUAACAAAGAAAAAACAGAAGCACAAGAAGAGAGAGAGAGAGAGAGCAAAAGAAUAAACAAACAACAAAUAAUACUAUUAUAACAGUAACAAGCAAGCAAAUCUUGUAAAAUGUGAAAGCAAAUUAUAAACUUACAAAAUAUGCAUUAAAAGAAGACAAUAUAAUCGGUUACAACAGAAAAAAAAACAAAAAAAUAUAAAAAAAAUAAAAGAUAAACUAAUAAAGAUGGCAUAUUUAAAAUUUUUACAAUUUACAAGAAUGUCAAAUCAGUUCAUUUUAAAUUUAAUGCGCCUUAUUUACUUUGAAAUCGUUUUUAUAACGAUAUUUAUGGGAUAUGCAAAUGCUAAAAUUGGAUAUUUUUGGCAUAUAUCAGAUUUGCAUUUAGAUACGUUAUAUUCAACAAAAGGAGAUAUUCAUAAAAGUUGUUGGAAAAUAGAUUCACGUCAAACAAGUUCACUUGCCUAUACACGACCAGGUCGUUAUGGUGACUAUCUUUGUGAUAGCCCAUGGAGUUUACUUGAAUCAGCUACAGUUGCCAUGAAAUCAAGGCAGGGUGAUAAUGUUGAAUUUGUUUUAUGGACUGGUGAUGGUCUAUCAGAUUCAUCUCGUCGUAGAUUGGAACCCCACCGUUUAGAAAUUUUACGUAAUAUAACAGAUUUAUUUGGUAGAACAUUUUCAUCACAAUUUGUUUUCCCUGUAUUGGGACAUAAUGAUGGACCAGAUAUUAGUUUUCAUCGUUUAGGUGAACAAUGGAGACAAUGGUUACCAUCAGAAGCCUUACAAACAUUUGAAAAAGGUGGAUAUUAUUCGAUAGAACAAACAAAAAGUCGUUUAAGGAUAAUUGCAUUGAAUACAAAUUUUAUGCAACAUGAUCCAACAUAUUCAAAUCAAAUAGCUGCAGCUGUACGUAAAAGACAUCCAAGUAAUGUAAAUGGUGGCGGUAGUAUAGACUCAAAUGAAUAUAAAAAUUUUUAUUAUCAUCAUGGUGGUGGCGGUGGUGGUGUUAGUAGUAGCAAUAGUAAUGGUGGUAUUGGAGGUUACAAUACACAACAUUCACAUCAUUAUCAUGAUGGUAUAGGAACUGGUUAUGGUUAUGGAUCAUCAUCACAUCAUCAUUAUGGUGGUCCAGUUGGUGGACAAGUAAGUGCAUUAUCUGGUGUUGGAAGUAGUUAUGAAAAUCAAGAUACACAAAAACAAUGGGAUUGGUUAGAAGAUGUUCUUGCUAAAUCGAAAAGUAAUAAGGAAACUGUUUAUAUUGUAGGUCAUAUGCCACCUGGUUCUGAUGAAAGAAUUAUUGGUGCAAGUCAACAACAUGGUCAUACAACAUUCUCAGAAAAAAAUAAUUUACGUUAUUUAAGAUUAGUACGUAAAUAUUCAUCAAUUAUUCAAGGACAAUUUUUUGGUCAUUUACAUUCGGACUCUUUUAGGAUAAUCUAUGAUGAAAAAGGAAAACCAGUUUCUUGGAUCAUGAUUUCACCAUCUGUUACACCACGAAAAAUGAGUGUCGGUUCAAAUAAUCCUGCUAUGCGGCUUUAUAAAUUUGAUACGGAUUCUGGUCAGGUUUUGGAUUAUACACAAUAUUAUUUGGAUUUAAAUUUAGCAAAUUCAAUUGGUGAUCCAAAUUGGUUACCAGAAUAUAAUUUAACUCAUUAUUAUGGAUUAACAGAUAUAUCAGCAAUAUCUUUACAUAAUUUAGCAGAUCGAUUUACAACAAGCGAUAAUUCUUGGUUUCCAAAAUAUUUACGUGCAAAUACAGUAAGAUAUCAAACAGAUUCUUGUGAUGGAUAUUGUAUACUAAAUCAUUAUUGCGCGAUAACACGAGUUGAUUAUAUGGAAUUUCGACAAUGUCUUGAAAAGGAACAAAGUGCAUUAAGAUCAAGUUCAAGUGGCAAAUUAACAGUAACAACAACAUCAUUUCUAAAUUAUUUAAUGCCAAUAAUAUUAAUAUUUAUUAAAACAACAUCACGACAACUUUUUUUAAAAUUUUCAUUUGAUAGUAUCAUAAAAUUAAUUAAUAUUUUUAUUUUAAUAAUUAAUAUUUUAUUAAAAUUAUUCAAAUAUUUGUUGAAAUUAUUAAAAUCAAAAAAAUAUUUUUGUAUAAUUAAAGAAAUUAUACAUAAAAUAAAAUAUAAA